ACCACUCGCGAGAGUUCCGCGACGCAGCAAUGGCGGGACCGUGAGUGCCGCUGACGGGACUCAAAGAAAACGGGCUGGACGGGUUUGGGACGAGAUCGGGCUACUAGGGUCCCUACGGGCCACUUUUCCCUGGAGGGUGUGGCGGCUGGGGUCGUGAAGCCACUGUGGGGCCGGACGGCCGCCGGCGACCUAGCUCCCGCCUCUUCCCCAGAUGCCUCGCCACUGCUCUGCCGCCGGCUGCUGCACACGGGAUACGCGCGAGACGCGCAACCGCGGCAUCUCUUUCCACAGACUUCCCAAGAAGGACAAUCCGAGGCGUAGCCUGUGGCUGGCCAACUGUCAGCGCCUGGACCCCAGCGGCCAGGGCCUGUGGGACCCUGCCUCUGAGUACAUCUACUUCUGCUCCAAACAUUUCGAGGAGAACUGCUUUGAGCUGGUGGGAAUCAGUGGCUAUCACAGGCUGAAGGAAGGGGCGGUUCCCACCAUAUUUGAGUCUUUCUCCAAAUUGCGCCGAACAACCAAGACCAAGGGACACAGUUACCCACCUGGGCCCCCUGACGUCAGCCCGCUCCGGAGAUGCAGGAAGCGUCCCUUUUUCUCUCUCCUCUGCAGUUGCCCUGAAAACCGAGGACCCACAACUCCAUUUUCUCCACCUCCUCCUGCUGAUGUCACCUGCUUUCCUGUGGAAGAGGCCUCUGCACCUGCCACUUUGCCUGCCUCCCCAUCUGGGAGGCUGGAGCCUGGCCUUAGCAGCCCCUUCUCAGACCUUUUGGGCCCUCUAGGUGCCCAAGCCGACGAAGCAGGCUGUAGUGCCCAACCCUCGCCAGAACAGCAACCCUCCCCUCUUGAACCUCGGCCUAUCUCUCCCUCAGCAUACAUGCUGCGCUUGCCCCCGCCUGCUGGAGCCUACAUCCAGAAUGAGCACAGCUACCAGGUAGGCAGUGCUCUCCUCUGGAAGCGGAGGGCUGAAGCAGCCCUAGAUGCACUGGACAAGGCCCAGCGCCAGUUGCAGGCUUGCAAGCGGAGGGAGCAGAGGCUGAGACUGCGAUUGACCAAGCUGCAGCAGGAACGGGCUCGGGAGAAGCGGGCACAGGCAGAUGCUCGUCAGACUCUAAAAGAGCAUGUCCAAGACUUUGCUAUGCAGCUAAGCAGCAGUAUGGCCUGAGGUAAUGGCCACCAUCAAGACUUCGUUCUAUUUCUGCCUCAAAAUUUGCUUGGAGAUCACCCGAUCUGAACUGAAUCCACCAGACCACUAGAUACCAUAAUAAAGUGGAUUCUAGAAGGUGACCCUGCUGUCUGACUCAGCUUUGGGUACCAGGCUUAUUCCUCCAGUGUCUUCAGGCUCCAGAGGGCUCAGACUUGGGUUCAGACUCUGGAUGUGGAGAGCUGAAAGUCUGGUUCCUAACCACCCUUCCAUGCCACACAGGCAAACAUCUUCCUGAAAGUCCUAGACAUCCCUUUUAAUGGUUUUGGAGAUUCUGGAGCCUCUGCAGUGGGUGAGGCCCUCAAGGCCAACAACGUGUUGGAGGAACUCAACAUGAGUGGAGCCUAUUCUGGAUGGAGCAAGACCAGGCUCUGCUCGGCACAUGACUGCUUGGGGCCAGCUUUGCAUGAGGUUCUCCAGACCAGGCAGCAUCCCAACUUCCACAGCAACAACUGAAUCUCUACCAUGGGAGCCCAGAGCCUGGGAUUGGGCCUCUGGGUCAACCAGACACUGAAGAUUCUUGUUGUGAGUGCUACCCUCAAGAGGGAGGCCCCAGCACAGACCUGCCCUGUGCCUGCCACACAGAUCACUCCUUUACCACGUGCCCUACCACGUCCCCCAUCCUGUGAACACUGGAUGGGCAGGAGUACACACAGGCUCAGAGCCCAGAUGGGGUCUCUGGGAGGAUUACUUUUGUAACCACUUCUUCCUUUUGCCAUUCACUCUCCCACCUCUGGCCUGGCGCAUGCUGAGUUUCAUACUCCUCUUUUCUCCACCUAUCCCUCCCAGUACCACCUCCCUCACAACAUCUUGCUGACUUUCCUCCUCUUCCUUUUGGGGUGCUUCUCUGGAAAGUUGUCCAAGAACCCCUAGCUUGGCAUGCAUCUCCCCUGCUCUUCCUCUCCCUUGCUGGAACCCAGGGUCAACACAGGUAUAUUGGUUUGUCUUUUGUCACUUCUCAGACCUAUAUGAAAUCUGUGUGUCCAAAAGGAAUUUCCUUCCUCCAGGGUUGCAGAUGGGGAGAAAGUUACUGAGCAGGGCCCAGAAUCACACACACACACACACACACACACACACACACACACACACACAAAUUGCGAACAGAGGUGGAAGAUGGAGAAGGGAGGGAGCCAGGCAAAUGUGGAGAAAAUUCCUAAGGACUGUUGUGCCAACAGAAUGUGGUAGGGCACAAUUCCACCAGGCCAUGAAUCCCAUGUAAACUGAGGCUGCUCAUCUCCUCAUGCCUGUCCAGGACAAUCCAGCAUCUCCACUAGAUCUGCUGGUUUCUUCUGAAAAGCUUUUCCUAAGCCAUUUUCUGAUCCUCCCAACAGCCCUGUUUUCACCUCCAUUUUAGAGGAAAGCAAUGGGAAUUACAGAAAUAAAAUGCCCUACCCAGAUAUACCAGUGGCAGGUGAGUUCCAAUCCAGUUCUGAAUGUAGGUCAUGACACCACUCCAGCUCUGCUACCACUCUUGGCUGGCAUCUGUGGCCUGUUCAGACCUUGGGCUCCUGACUGUGUUCUUCCUUGGAUGAAAGAGAAGAGGUGGAGUUUGGGGGCACCAUGCUUAAUAUGCAUGGAUGUUUAUAUCUACAGGUUCAGCAUUUGGCAAGGCUUCUUCCCUCCCCCAACUCAGCCAGUACUGAUGCUGGUGGACUGUAGUGCUAGAAAAUUCAUUUGUGUGUCAGUGAGGGAACUAGGACCCACUUUUUCAUUCUAUUUUGUUUUUUUGGUAGAUGGACAGCUUGCCUUUAUUUUAUUUGUUUAUUUUUAAGUGGUGCUCAGGAUUGAAACUAGGGCCUCACAUGUUUUAGGCAAGCACUCUGCCACUGAACCACAACCCUAGCCCCAUGUCGCUUUUUUUGUUUGGGAAAGAAAAGUCAAUCUUUUCUAUUCUAUGUCAACUCAUCCUUAAGGAAA